AUGGCUGGUGGUGUCACAACAAAGGACACUGCAGGGCUGGAGAGGCUGCGGCAGGCGCCGGGUCUGCAGUCCCCACCGCGGCAAGGACAGCUGCAGGGUCACCCCUCUGCCUUUCUAACCUGGUUGCUCUCUGUCUGCAGGUCAAGUUGCCCGCUCGGAAGCCAUGCUUGGAUUUUAAUAGCCAUGUUCCACCUAGCCAUGGACCUCUCCAGCUGCCAGGAGGGCAGUGCUCCAGGCUGCAGCGGGGACACGCAGCCCCCAGCUUGUCUCUCCCAGGCCACAGGUCUGGCUGUUCAUCAGAUAAUCACUAUUACCGUGUCCCUCAUCAUGGUCAUAGCUGCUCUGAUAACAACUCUUGUCUUAAAAAAUUGCUGCGCGCAGAGCGGGCGCCCGCGGCGCAACAGCCACCAGCGCAAGCUGGAGCAGCAGGAGGAGAGCUGCCAGAACCUCACCGACUUCGCCCCCGCCCGCGUGCCCAGCGCCCUCGACAUCUUCACCGCCUACAACGAGACCCUCCCGUGCUCCCACGACUGCGGCCGCGGCCCCGUGCCCGUCUACGCGGAGGAGGCCUUGCGCUCGCCCGGGGAUUACAAAACCACCUACAAUGGAAACAGACCCUCUUCUUCUGACCGGCAUCUUAUUCCUGUGGCCUUUGUGUCUGAGAAAUGGUUUGAAAUCUCCUGCUGACUGGCCGAAGCCUGUUUGACUCUUGGGAGCAGGGCAGACGCCAUCGGGCUGUUUCCUGGAUUCCAUUGGUGAACCUGUAAAAAAUAUACAAAAAUAAUGGGUUACCUGUACCUACCAUUUCUGUUUACCAGUAGGAGACUCGAAGAGCAGCAUUCUAUGGGCCAAAUAUAUUUUUAUACAAAUGAACACGCCUGUAGGUAACUGCGUUUCUCAAAGAGCGCGUUUUUGGGAGAAAGGCAAAAUGUGUGAGCAGAGAACCCAGUGGAGGAAGAGGAACCAGCAAGGGACUGAGAGGGAAGGACCGAGCGCCUGGAGCCUGGACGGGGACUGUGACUCUGAACCUGUGCCAAUAAUACCAAUAUGUGCCAUGAACCGAUGCAGAGACUUCGUGAGAAGCCGAAGCCAAGCUGAUAACGCCUGGAAACGUUGUGGAGUAUGAGUGGGGCAUCUCUUCUGGUGGGGUCAUCCAUCCUGGUCCAUACACAUACAUACAAUAUAUGUAGAGAGAAAAUAUAUAUAUAUACACACACACACACACAAACACUUUUUGUACUGUAGCAAUUUUUGAAGAUCUUAAAUACUCAUUUUUAAAGAAGA